AUGACUGUCCCUCAAGAACGGCGAAAAUGGUGGAAAGUGCAAUGGUUUGCAGACCAAGACACCAAGGAGGAAAGACGGCUCAUUACCAAGCUCGACUUGCUGAUUGUUCCUUAUGCAUUCCUCGCAUACUGGACCAAAUACAUCGACCAGGCGAAUAUCAACAAUGCAUACGUCUCGGGUCUGAAAGAUGAUUUGGGUCUUCACGGAAACGAGCUUGUUCAGCUGCAGACAAUGUAUACUGUGGGUGCGGUGGUUGGACAGCUUCCUUUCAUAUUCUUGUUCACCAAGCUUCCAAUGUCUUGGAUGAUUCCUUUCAUGGAUAUCAUGUGGGGAAUCUUCACAUUGGUGCAAUAUCGGGCAAACUCUUAUGCAGAGCUAGCUGCCUAUCGUUUCUUCGUGGGCUGGUUUGAGGCGGGCUUCUUUCCAGGAAUGCACUAUAUUUUCGGCUCAUGGUAUCGCGGUGAUGAAAUCGCCCGUCGCGGAGGGUUUUUCUACGUCGGCCUGACCUUCGGUACAUUGACAGCUAGUUUGAUCCAAGCGGGUGCCUCGAGUCGACUUGAUGGUGUCAAUGGUCUCGCAGGGUGGCGAUGGAUGUACAUCAUCUGCGCGAUCAUCACUAUUCCGGUUGCUAUACUCGGAUACUUCAUUCUCCCUGGCUCGCCUGAUAGGCCGAAUAAGUUCGUAUUGAACGCCAAGGACGUGGAACUUGCCAAAGCCAGAUUGGCUCGAGUUUCACACGAGACGAAAGAGAGCAGCCUCUCUUGGCGCACAGUCCUGGGAGUCACCAGAAAUUGGAAGUUCUGGGCACUACUGGCCCUUGAUAUCUUGUUCUGGAAUGCUUGCCUGAACACCAGCGCUGGAGGCUACCAACUAUGGCUCAAGAGUUUGGACAAAUAUUCCACUAGCCGCUUGAAUGAGCUGGCUGCUAUCUCCCCUGCUCUCGGGAUCUUUUACACCCUUUUCAUCUGUUUCUCUUCCGACUUGUUCUUCGGGCCUGCAUGGGCCAUCACGAUUGCUCACAUAUGGAACAUUAUUGGGCUGGUCAUUCUAAUUGUUUGGAAUGUUUCUGAAUCAGCGCUCUGGUUUGCGUUCCUAACCACCUACUCUUCGGUCGCUAUGUCAAGUGUGCUCUAUGGCUGGAUUAAUAGCCAGCUACGUGCUUCACCCGUCGAACGUGCCCUAACCUUGAUCAUUGUCAAUACAAUUGCCCAGUCAACCACAGCGUGGACACCUCUUUUGGUGCUCAAGACAGUUGAGGCCCCGCGUUUCACGAAAGGAUAUUCCUUCAUUCUCGGGAAUGCCAUUUGCUUGAUCCUACUCGCACAUGUGAUCCAAUAUUUCAUUUCGAGAGAAGAAAAAUUCAAAUCAAGCCGGGGGAGCAUAUCUGACUCUGAAAGUGCAGGUAUCUCCAGUAAUGUCGAAGUGAACGCCCAAGGCGAGAGCGUGCAAGGGAAAGUCGAUACGCGGUAG